GCUGAUUCGCUAGGUGAUGCUUGUCAGGCCGGUUCGAGACUACAAGAUGGACCAAAAUGUUCAGGGAACCGCGUGUUCCGUGUGGUUAACGGGCCGAGCACGAUCUGGUCCGUGUGGGCCGGUGGCCCUUUGGCUAUCACUUGGCUAACCACGGUAGUUUGAGUGAUUUACUCGAUGCUUUGAGGGCCCUCAAUUCCCAGAAACCCGAAACACAGGAGUGAAAAACCACGAGACGCUAAGGAAGAACAGAACCAUGUCGAAGUUCAAUUCCUACUAGUUUGGUGGCGGGUGCAACAUCCGGCAGCCUCUCGACCCGCUGCACAAUGUCUGAUAGGUGAGUCAGGCCCUGACUACCAGUAGGAUGGAGAUCAUGCAAAUUAUGUGGAUCCUCCGAAGGUGCAACCUUUACUAGGGCUCUUAUCUGUUUGAGUUUUCAUCAAUCCUACUAAAUGCUUUUAUCUGCCAUUUACGAACAGUCGCUACAUCCGUUCGAAUGUAUUCUCGCCUAAACAUUGAUGGCUUGCUCUCAAACUAGGAUGAAAGGGGUAUGGGCUGCCUUAGCAGCCCUGCUAAUUCAAUCGGCACAUGGACAACAACCUGUUGGCACUCAGAUGUUUGUGGACUACCCAGGACUUAGUGAUGGAUGCAAAGCGGCCUUGGCAACCAAUGUGUCUUGUCCGCCAUUUCUCCCUGCUGUCUCUCAGGACAAUGCUAUUUUGGAUUACGAUGCAGUCAGGGAACUUUGCGUCGAUGAUUGCUAUAGGUCUCUGAAAACAGCCAGAGCUACUGUCCAAGCCGCCUGUACUGCAAGUAUCGAUGUGAUUGUCUACGAGGACGUAGCAUAUCCAGCUACGUUCAUCGCCGAUAACUACCUUCUGACCUUUGAGGUGUCUUGUAAAACAGACGAAGGAGGAAAUUACUGUGAUCCUCUGUUCCUAUCCUGGCAGAGUCAUUACGUUGUACCAAAUGUGACGGUCGCCUGCUCGGAAUGCACGCUGGGGGUCCUUGAAGUUCAACUAAACCACCCCUUGGGAUACGAUGAGGGCUUGGAAGAGAAGUUCCAUUCUUUGACAUCCAGCUGUGGUAUCGCAGGUUAUAGUGUCACUUCUCCAGUCCCAUACGCCCUGAACGCAACGGCGACGGUAACUUCAGUUAUUACCACUGCUACCUCCAAACCAGCUUGUGAUGUGUCUUACGAGGUGAAACCCUCGGACGACUGUAACUCCGUGGCGAAGUCUUUAAGUGUGUCUACAUAUAACUUGCUGCAAGCCAACUACUUGGACCUUUAUUGUCAGACCUUUUCACGGCAGGUGGGUAAGAGCCUUUGUGUACCACCCAAGUGCACUACGCACACCUGGCAGGCGAGUGAUACGUGCGAUAGUGUGGUCAGCGGCCUCGGCAAUGUAACUCUGUCGCAAUUCCUCGCGUGGAAUCCCAACUUCAGCUCUCUGUGUCUCAACAGUCCAUUCUUUAUUGGAUAUGAGGUCUGUAUAAGUGCUCCAGACGGUUACCUCAACCAUACAUCAAACGACAAUCCUAGUCCCACAGUAACCGCUAGUAAUAGUGGUGUCGCAGAGGUCCCGACCAAUGCAGCAGAUGGCAGCUCCCACGACUGUAGUCUGUGGUAUACAGUUAUGGAAGGAGAUGAUUGUGGCCCAGUAACCCUGGCCCAAUCCAUUUCUCUAGCCGACUUCUACUUUCUUAAUCCGGGUCUAGGCAAGAAUUGCGGUAAUCUGCAGUUCGGCAAGGCGUAUUGCGUGAGACCUGUUGGUUCUAUCACCAACUACCCCAAUUAUACCAUCACUGGGGUUUUGCCAACCGCUGUACCCCCGGCCACCUUAUCUUCUGUGAAUACUGCCAUACCAACAAGCACCAACGAUCCUGGCUAUGAGUACAUCGAACCCCCACUCCUCCCUACUGCGCCAGGUACUAUUCCAGACUGCUAUCUAUACCAGAAUCCCCCUUACUUUGCCACCCUCUGCAGGGAUCUUGCGCGGGAAAACGAAAUACCGAGUGAAGACCUGGCAGAGUGGAACCCAAGCCUCGAGAAAGACAUGGCCAACUGCACUCUCACAUCGACUUACAGUUACUGUGUUAAGAAGUACGAGAAUAGCACUUUGCCCGAGGAUAUAUCCACUUACUGCCUGCCUAUUGAUGCCACGGAGCUUGGUACAGUUUCCAACUGUAACUGUUUCACUUCGAUUGACGUUUAUGAUGCCGAAGAAUACACAUGUGCGAAAUUGGCUUCCGAUUACGGAGUGAAAUUAGCCGAGCUUUUGGCCUGGAAUACUUGGCUAUCAGGCGACUGCGACACCGCUCUCUUUGCUAAUCUUAACUACACUGCUAGGCGCGCUGUUUGUAUUGGCGUCGGCUCCAAGAGCGCUGCUACCAGCACCACGACUAGCACUGGAUCUGGAACAGCCACCAGCACCACAGAAUCCAUGGGACCCACUCAAACUGGAGUUGUGUCUGGAUAUCAGCUCUUCCAUACCCUGGUGGACAGUGAACAACUGCCCCUCUAUCGAGACUAGGUAUAGUGUUACCCUAGCUUAGUGAUACCGAUGGAACCCGAGCAUUGGAUCGAACUGCCAGAGUUUGGGAGUCGGGUACUCCGUUUAUGUUGGGGUUUCCUCGUAGAUAUAUUACUAUCAUGCGCCAUACGCUUGAAGGGAUCUAUGAAGCUGUCGUCUUACACAGAAUGAUGUAUGCGUAUACCAACGCUCCUGUUAGGACCUCCAGUUAGCCUUGGGGUUAAUAUUAAUAAGCUCUGCCCUAAUUUCGAGCAAUCCAUAGAGCAGUCUAGAUAUUUAAGAAGUCGCUUUCCCAUGUUCGACUCGAUAUUAUUGUUUAGUUAUUUUACAU